AUGGUGCCAACAAGUUUCUGGAUAGUAUCUGUUGCAUUGUCAGUCGUUACUGCUUACAAUGAUAAAAACAUUGUCAAAUUUAAAUUGAGGAAACUGUGCAAUAAUGAAAAACUGAUAUUGUCGGCAGUAGUCAUUGCAUUUGAGAAUUUAGCUGAACAAUCUUACAUCAUUCCCGAGAUUGUUGAAUACUUAGACUUGAUCAAUCUCAUAACUUGGGAUCUGCAUAGACCUUGGGAUAAAAAAACUGGAAUAAAUUCGCCAAUUUAUGUGGGAUCCUGGGAGAAUGGCUGGGAAAGACUUCUCAAUGUUUGCGCUAUUGGUUAUCGUAAGGUGCCCCAGCAGAAAAACUCCAUCUUACCUUUACACAGCAGACCUUACACAGCAGAUGAAGGAAGUUUAGGAUAUAACGAAAUAUGCGAAGUUCAACUUGCUGGUGGCUGGUCUUUAAAUUUCCAAGAGGAGCAGCGAGUUCCUUAUGCGUUUGAAGAUCAGUGGAUUGGAUACGAUAAUCCAAAAUCAGUUCAAGAAAAAGCAGAGUUAAUCAAUGCACUCGGACUUGGAGGUGCCAUGCUUUGGACUAUUGAAAGAGACGAUUUUCGUGGUAUCUGUCGUGAUAAAUUUCCACUUCUUAUGGCACUGAAUCGCGUACUCAGAGAUGGUUCUCAAACGGCAACAACAGUGAUUUGGUGA